UCAGGCAGAUUAAGCAAGUAAAGCAAAGCAGCAAGCAGAGCUACUGCUUGUUCCAUCAGUAAGCUAGCUAGCUAGCUCGAUUGACUGUCAUCUCUCCUUCCGCCCGCCAUGGCCAAGCUCGUCGUGGCAUUCGUAGCAUGCCUCUGCAUCUCCACAGUGUUAUUAACACGGUGUGAAGAAGCUGCCGCUGCUGGUUCGAGGAGCUGCCGCUGCCAUGGCGGCGGCAGAACCGCGGGCACGAAGGGAGCGUCGAUGGCGAAGGCUAUGUUCGUGUUCGGGAGCUCGCUGGUGGACAACGGCAACAACAACUUCCUCAACAGCUCCGGGGUGCGCGCCGACUACCUGCCCUACGGCGUCGACUUCCCGCUCGGCCCCUCGGGACGCUUCUCCAACGGCCGAAACACAAUCGACGCCCUAGGGGACCUUUUACAUCUCCCUCACAUCCCGCCCUUCGCGGACCCGGCCACCAGCGGCCGCGCCGCGCUGCACGGUGUCAACUUCGCCUCCGGCGGCUCCGGCAUCCUCGACCGCACCGGCAAGGACACCGGAGAGGUGUUAAGCCUGAACCAGCAGAUCACCAACUUCGAGGUGGCGACCCUCCCUGACCUGCGGGCCCUGCUGCGCGGAGCGACGACAGUCAAGAAGAGUCGCAGGAUCAAGGGCCGAGAUUUCUUCGACGGCUGCUACCUGCCCAAGAGCCUGUUCGUGAUCGGGACGGGUGGCAAUGACUACCUGCUCAACUACUUCAGCCCCGCCAAGAGCGCGGAUGCCAGGCCCCAGUUGUCUGAGUUCACAAGAGCUCUCGUCACAAAGCUCUCACUCCAUCUCCAGAGGCUGUAUGCUCUGGGUGCCAGGAAGUUCGUGGUCUUCUCCAUCCAGCCCAUGGGGUGCACCCCUGUGGUGAAGGCGUCCCUCAACGUCACCGGCGUCGCCUGCGUCGAGCCGGUGAACGCCGCCGCGCUCCUCUUCAACUCGGAGCUCCGGUCGCUCGUUGACGCCGCCAGGCUGCGCAUGCCCGGCGCCAGAUUCGCCCUCGUCAACUCUUACAAGAUCAUUAUGGACGUGAUAGACCACCCUACAAAACACAACAUGAGGGAGACGUACCGGGCUUGCUGUCAGACGACGUCGGGCGUGCUCUGCCACAGGGGAGGGCCCGUCUGCAGGGACCGGACCAAGUACGUGUUCUUCGACGGGCUCCACCCGACAGACGUGAUCAACGCCAGGAUUGCGCGCAAGGGGUACGGCUCCGAGUCGCCGGAAGAAGCCUACCCAAUCAAUGUGAAGAAGUUGGCCAUGUUGUAGGAGCAGUGAUCUUUCGAAUCAAACCUUAGACCAAGUUAGUGCUAGCUUAGUGUAUAUGGCUAUGUGGGAAUGACGUGUUAGCCGGUAUCUAAAGUCAAUUACACUUUAAUUUCAAAUGUGAAAUUAUACUCCCUCCGUCCCAUUUCAAUUGACUCAAAUUUUCUCAAAUAUGGAUGUAUCUAUACCCAAAAGUUGUUUAGAUACGUGUAAUAUUUCGUCA